AUGGCCCAGUUUGUCCGUAACCUCAUGGAGGAGGUCCCGGCGCUGGUCAACACUGCUGUGACUUACUCAAAGCCUCGAUUGGCCACGUUUUGGUACUACGCCAAGGUUGAGCUGGUUCCUUCAACCCCUGCUGAGAUCCCUACAGCAAUUCAGAGCUUGAAAAAAAUUAUCAACAGUGCUAAAACCGGUAGCUUCAAACAGCUCACUGUUAAGGAAGCUCUACUGAAUGGUUUGGUGGCCACUGAGGUGUGGAUGUGGUUUUAUGUUGGCGAGAUCAUAGGCAAGCAUGGCAUCAUUGGCUAUGAUGUUUGAAGACCAAUUUUUAAUAUGUGAUUAUAUUUGCUUUAUUAUUCAAGUGUUCUUGGACCAUGUGUGAGCAGACUGCUAUUUGAAUAAAAUAAGACAAUGUGUCAGAAAAAAAAAAAAA